GCGCUCGGGAGGAACAUGGCGGCGCCGGAGCCGGGCGCCCCGGUGCUGGGCGGCGCGGGGACGCCGUCGGGCGCGGUCCCGGUGCUCUUCUGCUUCUCGGUCUUCGCGCGGCCGUCCUCCGUGCCGCACGGCGCGGGCCACGAGCUGCUGAUCCAGAAGUUCCUCAGCCUGUACGGGGACCAGGUGGACGCGCACCGCAAGUUCGUGGUGCAGCUCUUCGCCGAGGAGUGGGGCCAGUACGUGGACCUGCCCAAGGGCUUCGCCGUCAGCGGCCGCUGCCGCCUGCGCCUCGUGCCGCUGCAGGUCCAGCUUACCACCCUGGGAAAUCUUACACCUUCAAGCACUGUGUUCUUUUGCUGUGAUAUGCAGGAAAGGUUCAGACCAGCCAUCAAGUAUUUUGGCGAUAUCAUCAGCGUGGGACAAAGGCUGUUGCAAGGAGCCCGGAUUUUAGGAAUUCCAGUUAUUGUAACAGAGCAGUACCCCAAAGGUCUUGGAAGUACUGUUCAAGAAAUUGACUUAACAGGUGUAAAACUGGUUCUUCCAAAGACCAAGUUUUCAAUGGUGUUACCAGAAGUAGAGGCAGCGUUAGCAGAGAUACCUGGAGUCAGAAGUGUGGUAUUAUUUGGAGUAGAAACUCACGUAUGCAUCCAGCAAACGGCUCUGGAGCUGGUUGGCCGAGGAGUCGAGGUCCACAUUGUUGCUGAUGCCACCUCCUCAAGAAGCAUGAUGGACAGGAUGUUUGCUCUGGAGCGUCUUGCCAGAACUGGGAUCAUAGUGACUACAAGUGAGGCUGUUCUGCUACAGCUGGUGGCUGACAAAGAUCAUCCAAAAUUCAAGGAAAUUCAGAAUCUGAUUAAGGCAAGUGCUCCAGAGUCUGGUCUGCUUUCCAAAGUAUAGGAGGACAUUGGAAGGAUGGGCAACAGGACUAAGCCCAGACAAGCUCUGUCUCUACUAGAAUUAAAAUGUUACGUCAAAAAUGGCUCCUUUUUUUGCAGCUCUCUAGUAAUACUUUCCCGGCUAGAUCAUGUGGGUACCAGCGUUUAGUUACCAGUGUCAGAAGCUUCAGGUGCUGCUUACCUUCUUUUUUUUCUUAAUGGGCUUUUAUUUAUUAAAACAAUUAAUUGGAGGUGCCUGUUUUGUCUAUACCGUACACACUGACCGUACCCUUCGAAAGUGCACAGUCUGGUGAAGUUUUCUAAAAUUGUGCACUUCAAAGAAGAAUAGAUCUACUAAUAAUGAUUUGACUUUUAUAUCACUGUAAGAUGUAUGUUAGUAUUAAUAUAGACUCAGUGCUUGAAUUUACAGGUUAAGAGCAUUGUACAGGAAAUAGGAACAGGACGAUGGGCCGUGUUCCUACUUGUCUCAAAAUGUUGUUGAGUUACGUAUUCAGUGAGUUGCAUUGAUCUAACUAUAUCAAAUCAUGUUAAAUAAUUACAUAUCUUUCUUGAUUAUACUGAUUUUCUUACUCUGGUCAGCAUCUCUAACUACUACUAGUUUUUUAGCUGGCUUUCUUUAACCUAGAAAAAUUCAUUAAGUUGUGCUUAUUUUAUUUUUAUUAUCUUUAAGUAGUUCUGAAAAGAGAUUUCAAUUCAACAUAUAAAUUCAUAAGUACAGUGCCACCCCUUUCCAUUGCUUAUUAAUUCUUUUAAAAGAUUAUGGAAAUGUCAUGCUGUGUGGCUCCUCCCUUGGUGGAGAACUGUAGCUGAAUGUCUUUACAGUAAUUUGGAGUACGUCUGUUAUAGAUAGCACAAGAUUUAGCAGCGACAUGGGUGAAACAUGUAGUUUCAAAAUGUUCAUAUUCCGUUCCAUAUUUCUCCAAUUUACUCUUGAAAUUAUUGUCAGUGCAACAGGCAUCAGGAAUGAUUUGGUAGUACUAAUUUUGUGGUCAUUGUUACUCGUCAAUAAAUUUAUUUUCAUUAAUACUUACGAGUGUUUAAAAACUUUUUUUAAAUACUGUGUGAAAUGUGGAACAUUUCUGUCUUUUAUAUUAAAGUAAUUAAAGAUGAAGAAAAUA